AUGGCAAUAUCGUGGAAGUCAUUUGACUUCUUCGAAGUCGCCCAAGUCACUCCCUACGACGAUGCGAAAGAGGUCUUUGAGAGCGGCGAUGUCUCGAGCGUCUGCACGGGCUCCGACAGCCUGUUCCUCGGAUCGCGGGACGGAACGAUUAGCAUCAUCAGCAAGGCCUGGAAGGUCGUGCGGAGCUUCCAGGCGCACGAUGCCGAGAUCAAGCAUAUGCGCCAGGUCGAGGGCACCAGCUUGCUCGUCAGCGUCUCGGAGGACCUGAUCAACGACCCCGUGCUCAAGGUCUGGGCGCUCGACAAGCUUGUGAAGAAGACGAACAUGCCGACGUGCCUGAGCACCGUACACAUCAGCAAUGCGAGACGGCGAUUUCCUAUCUCGGCGUUCACGGCUACGGCGGACCUUACGCAGAUUGCUGUCGGGUUCGCAAACGGUGCGGUGACUGUGAUCCGCGGUGACCUCGUCCGCGACCUGGGGAGCAAGCAGCGCAUCGUUUAUGAGUCGGAAGAACCCGUCACCAAUGUCCAACUCCUCGCCGACGAAAAGCUCUCAACCCUGUUCGUUUCGACGACGUCGAGAAUCAUCAAGCUCGGACUCUCCAGCAGGGGCCACGGCCUCCCACCCAAGACCGUGGAGGAUGUAGGGUGCGCAUGGGAAUGCAUGACGCUCGACGAGAGGACGGGGGAUGUUGUGGUGGCUCGGGACGAUGCGAUCUACACCUACAAUUUGGACGGCCGAGGACCUCCAAAGGCGUACGAGGCACCAAAGAAGUUUGUCACGACUUUCCAGGAGUAUAUCGCGCUAUCCUGCCCCCCAUCAAGCAUCAAUGGACGAGAUCCGGAUAGCAUGAGGCGGCGGUUUGGUGGUGGGGCGACCGAUGCGCUGUUCAAUGCUUCAACCUUUGUUUUAUUGGAGACGGAUCUACGGAUCAUUGCUCACACGGAGACCCUGAUCUCUCCUGCUCGGUUUGCCUUUCAGGUGUGGGGGGAUUUGUACUCGCUGAGUGAGGACGGAAAGAUCUACCGCUAUCACGAAAGAACCCUCCAGCAGCGUCUAGAGAUGCUUUACCAGCGCAACAUGUACCCGUUGGCCAUUGAACUUGCACAGAACUCAGGCCUUGAUGCGAAUCAGCAAAGCUUGAUCUACCGCAAGUUUGGUGACCAUUUGUACUCGAAAGCCGACUUUGAUGGUGCCAUGGUCCAGUAUAUCCGAGCCAUUGACACAACUGAGCCAUCACAGGUUAUUCGAAAGUUUCUCGACAGUCAACGGAUACAAAACCUCAUUCAAUAUCUAGAGCAAUUGCACGAGCACAGAAAAGCUACGGCCGACCACACCACCCUGCUACUCAACUGUUAUGCCAAGCUGAAGGAUAUCGACAAGCUUGAGAAGUUUAUCAAGUCUCCUGGGGACCUCAAAUUCGAUCUGGAUACAGCUAUUGCCAUGUGUCGCCAAGGCGGAUACUACGAGCAGGCAGCAUACCUCGCUAGAAGACAUGGUGAGACAGAUCUUGUGGUGGACAUUUUAAUCGAGGACGCCAAAAGCUACCCAGAGGCACUUGAUUUCAUCUGGCACCAAGAUCCCGAAGUGGCCUAUUCAAGCAUGCAGAAGUAUGCCAGGGUACUGAUUGAGAACUGCCCUGCCGAGGCGACGGAGUUGUUCGUCGAGUAUUACACAGGCAAAUACAAGCCUAAGCGAACCAUUCUGGUCAAGCCAGAGGACGGCGCUGCUCCGGUGGCUGGGGGCUUUGCCCAAGGAGCCGCAUCUGCGGUGCAGAAUCUAUCGAACCUGCUGCCUCUGCCUUACAUGAACGCCUCAUCUGUACAAGGCACAGGAGCCGCCGCCAACGCUGUCAGUGAAGGUGCCGUCGUUGUAGAGGAUGAUAGCGUGCCUGCUCCGAAAUACACGCCCCCACCGCCGAGGACUGCAUUCUCCUCAUUCAUCGACCACCCGGAUGAGUUCAUCACUUUCCUAGAGGCAUGUCUCGAUGAGGAGGGCGUGAAGACAUCCGACCGCACCGACCUGUACACGACUUUGUUCGAGAUGUAUCUCUACAAAUCCAGCCAGAUGAAAGGGCAGCAUUACAAGGAAGAGUGGGAAAACAAGGCAAAAGGGCUGAUCGAGGGCGAGCAUGUCCCGAUGGAAAGCUCCAACGUUCUUCUACUCUCUCACCUGUCAAACUUCCGAGACGGUACCGUCCUAGUCAAAGAGCAAGCCGGUCUCGUCUUUGACAUUUUCCGGUCGUACACGUCGGCAAAGGACACGCGAGGUGCCAUGAAGGCCCUGAAGAAGUAUGGCCCUGAGGAACCUCAGCUGUACCCCGCUGCACUGGCUUACCUCACCUCGGACCCUCGCGUGCUGGAGGAGGCGGGGAAGGAAGAGCUGGACAAUAUCCUCACAAGGAUAGACAAGGACGGGUUGAUGGCGCCUCUUCAGGUUAUCCAGACACUCGUUGGCCAGUCCUCUGGAGGCGGAGUCGCCACGAUGGGCAUGAUCAAGCCGUAUCUCGAGGGGACCAUCACGCGUGAGCGCAAGGAGAUUGCCGCGAACCGUCAACGCAUCAAGGGCCUGCGCACCGACACCCAGAAACGCCGGACGGAGCUGCAGGACCUGGGGUCGAAGCCAGCCGUCUUCCAGGCGACGAGGUGCUCCGACUGUGGACAGGGCCUGGAUCUGCCGGCCGUGCAUUUCCUCUGCAAGCACAGCUUCCACCAGCGGUGCCUGCGGAAUGUCGAGGACCGGGAGCCUGAAUGCCCCAAGUGCGCCGGUGAGAACGAUGUCAUCCGCAAGAUGAGGGAGGGCCAGCGGGCCAGGGCAGAGAGGCACGAGCUGUUCAAGAGUGAUCUGGACAACAGCGAGGACCGGUUCGCGACCGUAGCGGAGUGGUUCUCGCGGGGCGUCAUGGAUGCGGGGCAGGCGAAGGAGUAG